GGCGGCGGCAUGGAGGGGUCGUCGUCGUCGUCGUCGGGGUCGUCGUCGGGGUCGCUGGAGGCGCUGGUGGAGCGCGCGGGGGGCCGGCAGCGGCUGCUGCUGGUGGCCGAGCGGCGGGCCGGGGAGCCGCCGGCGCGGGCGCUGCUGGAGAGCUUCGCGCGGGACCUCUUCGGCGAGGAGGAGCCGGCGGCGGCGGCGGCGGCGGCGGGGGGCGAGGCGGGCAAGGGACGGGGGGCCGGGCGGCGGGCCGGGCGUGGGUGGCCGUGGUGCCCGCUGGCCUUCGUGCUGGUCCGGCCGGGCUGGCUGGGGCGGCGGCGGGCGCUGGGCGAGCUGGUGCGCGACGUGCGCGGGCAGCUGGCUCCCUCGGCCGGCCUGGUGGGCGUGCUGCUGCCGCCGCCGCUGCCGCCCGAGGCGGAGGAGGGGGCGCCGGAGGCCGAGCGGGAAGCGGCGCGGCUGCGGCUGGAGGGGCUGCUGCGGCGCGCCUGCGCCCCCCGCCGGCCGGGCGAGCACGAGGCGCUCCAGGCGGCGCACUACAGCCCCGGCAGCCCGCAAGGCGCAGCCCCCGUCCGCGCCGCCGCCCUGCGAGCCCUCCGCGCCGCCCUCCAGCUGCGAGCAGACGACCUGGAAACUGAGAAGCGGAGGCUCCCCACCUUCCUGCGGUGCUUCCCCUGGGGCGGAAGCAGCCAGAAGACGGCAGGCUGUUUGGACAAACCCGCAGACACUUCUAGGGACGAUGGCCUCCAAGAGAUGGAAGAGGGGGUUGCUUUGACCAACUUGGUACCAAAUGGGAAUUGUGAAGAAAUCUGUGGAGGGGCAGGAACUUAACACUGGGGAGAGGAUGACAGCUGGAUUGGACUGAGGAACCACACAACAAAAAGAAAAUGGAUCCGAACGAGGGAUCUUCUCAAUAUGAUCUUUGGAGAAGGCAUCUAGGAGUCCACCUGUCGUGUCUUUGAAGGUUUUUGCCUGGUCUGGAGGGCUCUUUCGUGUUGGCCCCGUUUCCAUGCCAGGCCUAGAAGAAGCCGCCUGUGAUCUCAGUCCAACAGCAUUGAGGAUUGCGCUGGACACACGUGGAGAGCCAACAGGUACACGGCACAAGCUGUGUAUCGUUUGACAGAUGUGAGAGGCCUUGUGCCUCAGUGGGUGAACAUUUCCUCGUACUGUGUCCGUGGUGUCUUUUACUUAGCGUUGCGAUUGUCUGAUCGGCAUCUUCUGAAAUCACUCUCCAAUGUGAAGAUCACUGCUCAGUAGAGAGCAGAGUGAAGAGAGAAAGUUUGACGUUCAAUUGGAAAUAAACUUUUUAACCUCUUUAGAA